AUGAAUUUCUUAUUCAUUUCUUCUUUGCUCGUGGCCAAUCUUGUGGCUCAAUCGAAUUUGAGACCUACCCAGAAGAAAUUCGAAUCAGAAGUAAUAGAGAAAACCAUAUCCAGAAUCUCCGACAAAAUGAAGGAUAACAAACUUAAAUAUACAUUUAUAAAUUCAUUUCCGAACACUCUUGAUACCACUGUUACAAACUAUGAUCCCACCACUCCCGAUGCCUUCGUUAUCACCGGAGAUAUAACUGCUAUGUGGUUAAGAGAUAGCACUAAUCAGCUAUGGACCUAUAUGGAGUUUGUCAAUCAAGAUAGCAAAUUAUAAAAUUUGGUCAAAGGAGCAAUAACCCGUCAAAUCAAUUAAGUCCUAAUUGACCCAUACGCUAAUGCCUUCAAUUAUCAAAAGAAAUAAUCCGAGUGGAGUUCUGACAAUACAACCAGAUGCUUUUUAGGAGUCAAUGCACAUGCAAUGUCUGAACAUCUUCACGAGAGGAAGUUCGAAAUAGAUUCAUUAGUGGCAGUUUUAAGAUUAUCCGUUGGUUAUUACAAAGAAACUAAAGAUACUUCAAUCAUUAAUUUCAAAUACUUAAAGGCUGUUCAAAGAAUCCUGAGAACAUUUAGAGAUCAACAGGCAGAUCAAACAGAACAAUUUCAAACUAACAGAUUUCCAUACACUUUUUAAAGAAAUGGAAGAUCCACUGAUACAGUCAUUAACGGAAUAGGUGAACCCCUAAAAAGAACUGGAUUAUUAAGAACAUUUUUUAGAGCCUCUGAUGAUUCUACUAUCUAUUAAUUCAACAUCCCAGAAAAUGCUAUGGCUUCAGCAAUCUUAAAAUAAAUAGCUGAGAUGUUAAGCGAAGCCAAACUCACUCAACCUUUAAUUUAAGAGGCCCUGGCACUAUCAUCAGAGAUCAAAGAUGCUAUUUAUAAAUAUGGAAUUAAAGAUGGUGCCUUUGUUUAUGAAGUAGAUGGUAUGGGUAAGCAAGUAUUUAUGGAUGAUUCGAAUCAACCAAGUUUGCUUUCUCUUCCAAUUUAUGGGUUUAUUGAGAUUGAUGAUCCCUUAUAUCAAGCCACGAGAAAGAAAGCCCUCAGUUCGGCUAAUCCCUAUUAUUUUGUGGGAACAGCAGCAAAGGGCAUAGGUGGUCCUCAUAUUGGGGCUAAUUAUAUAUGGCCAAUGGCUAUUGUCACUCAAGGAUUGACUACUAAUGACAAAUCAGAAAUCAGAGAAUGCUUGAGGAUGUUAGUGACAACCACUGGAGGCAAAUGGUUUAUGCACGAAAGCUUUUUCAAGGAUAAUCCUUCUAGUUUCACAAGAUCUUGGUUUGCAUGGGCAAAUGGAUUGUUUGGAGAAUUAGUGUUGAAGAUAGAUAAGGAAUACCCAGAAUUAUUAGAAGAGAAUUAUGCUUGA